CGGUCACACCACCUGGAUGGAGUUUUUUUAGGAAAACUGCAAUUUGACAAAACUAUUUAUUUAUUUAGUUAAAAACAAGAUAAUUAGAAUGUUUCCAUGUUAAAUGUGUGUUGUCCCUGUGCAAGUAACCAAUGCCCGCGUGUUUGUCCCACUCAACGUUAACGCAGCUGCGAAAUAUCUGUGAAGAAAUUUCAUAAACAAAACGGCGUGGAGGUCGGGGUGAUCCUGUGACCCUGUUUAGGUAUGCGUUAAAUCGAUGAGCAUGUACCAGUGGCCGCGCCGCUCGCAGGAUACCCGUAAUUAUGUGGCCCAGAUGCAGCUUCCACAUUACGCUGCUGCUGCUCGCCCUGGGCGCGUUGGCGUCCACGACUAGCAGUCAACAAGUUCCUCUAGCGCUAGCCAACACAACUAGCAACAAAGUGCCUACGGAUGCCGGCGGGGAUGUGGUGGCCGGCUUCAUGCCGCUCCAGCAGUCGCCAGCGAGCAUAUUCUUUGUGAACUACAAUCAGCAGAAUGCCAUGCAGUUGCGACACAGCAUGGAGGGCAAGCUGCGCAACAUUCGCAAUGUGGAGAUGCGUGUGGCCAAGAUCCAGGAAAUCUUCGACUCUAUGCAUUUGACCAGUGGCAAUGGUGGGGCGCCAGUUCGGCAGACCUUUAACCACAACGAGAGCGGUAUGGCCAAUCCUCAACUGCAGAGGGACUUGCAGCUGUUCAGCAGCCGGCUCAGCAAGAAGCUGCAAAAGGCCACUCACGUUGUGCUGGAACUGCGCGAACUCCUGCGCUACAACCUCACCAAGGUCUGGCAAUACAGCUACGACGAAGAGGAUGAGGAGGAAAGCGAACUGGACCUAGAGAUGGAGAUGGAGGAUCUGCAUGCCAGAAACACUGCCCCGCCUUCCGCGGAUCAUAUGCAGUUCUAUUUAAACAGCCAAAUAGAGAGCUGUCAACCUGAUGACUAUGACACUGAGGUGGACACUGUGUCGUCCUCGGCCCAGUCAAUUCAUUACAACAAGCAACAAAUCCAAAUCCUCAACUAUCUAAAGUCGGAUGAUGGACGCGCCACAUUCCUAAACGAGAACAAUGCCCGUUCCCUGGCGGUCAAUGGCUACAUAUCGGACCAGCUGCUGCAGCUCAAGCGCAGGCUAAGUCGCAGCGAGACGGAUAAAUCGAACACCAAGCCCAGCAGCGGCAACCACUUCAAGCAUAUCUACUUCCUGUCCAAUUCGGACGGGGCCUCCGCCAGCCUACACUUUCGGCAGCUCUACGUUUCGGCCAUUAAGCAAAAGUACGUGCUGCUCCUUAUAGACGUGGGCUCUGCGCUGAAUUCCGAACUUUUUGACUUGACAAAAAGCUUUGUUCACGAAAUGCUGCAGUUGCUGGAGGAAACGGAUAAAGUCUCCCUGGUGACCGUCUCCAGUGAAGCUAGCUUUAUGUCCUUGGAAGCCUUUCCCGCGGAGGCUGGUCAUGGCAUUUACAGUGCCACGCGUGGCCACAAGGAGGAAAUCCUUAGCUACAUAAAUAACUUGAGCCGGGCUCAGGCCCUCACCAAUCACUCCUUGGGCUUUGAAUAUGCCUUUGACUUGCUGCUUCGACUGCAGCAAUCGGGAAUGAUCAACACUGCCGAGCAGCCAGUGGAGUUUGUCUACAUUACGCGCGGUCUCUUGACCAACCUCUCAGAUGCCAUGGCUGUGCUAAGAGUGGUGGCUGAGGGUCAGCGGCGGCUCAAGGCUCCGGUGAUUAUUAACACCUGUGCCGUGGUGCUGGACGAGAAACGGAUUAUGUACGAGAAGCAGUUCCUCAGCGAUGUGGCCACGCAGAACUACACCAAGUAUGAGAUUGAUGUGACCAGCUGGUGGCCCAGGGCACGACAGUUGGCUGGUCGCUUCUUUGUGCUUAGCAAACUGCAUGCAGAGACGUCGCUGCCCGAAACGAGCUCUCGGAUAUUUGGCCAGCUAUUUCAGGAGCGUUAUCUGACGGAUACGCUUGAGGUUCAUCCUCCGGUUGUGGACGCCGACAGUGGAGAUGUCCUAGUCUCCAUCACUCAUGCCGUUCCUCCGUAUGGCGUUGUGGGCGUCAACUUGUACCUGGCGGAUCUGCUGGAGGAUCUGCUUAACUAUCCCAGUGCUGCUGCCUCCAGUGCCAAGCAGGGAGGCAGUGGCUAUGCCUUUCUCCUGGAUCGUUCCACGGGAAACACCCUUGCGCAUCCGGCUUUUCCGCGGCCUCUGAUCCAGCGCGAGACCUCGUAUCCGGUGAAUAUAGCUUACCUGGAGAAUGCCACAGAUUUCUCUAGUUUAAUACGAGAGCGCCUUCUGCACGAGGAGAGCGGCAAUGCCACUGCAGAUGUGUAUGUGGGUAAGCAGCGCCUAAAGCGCACCUACCACUGGCAAUCAGUACUGGGCUUUUACGUGCUGUGCCUGGUGAGCAGCGGUGGCGAUUCGCUAAGGAAUGCCUCAAAUGUAGCCUCGCAAAGAUUUAACCUAAAGGACACCGUGUCCAACUAUGAGCCUGGUUAUUACGGAGAGAGCAUGGAGCUGUUGUACCAUCGGCUGGACCUCAACCAGGGCGGCAGUGGGCAGCCAAAGAUUUGCCGCUACUUCAGGCAAAUGGCCACUUUAGAUGCUCCCACUUUGUUCCUUAGUGCCGCCGCCUUUGAGUCUCCCUUUGGCUUUCUGCACAACAAUCGACCGCGUACGCAGCUACGCCAUGUGGAAUCCAUUAUGGCUUAUCUACGCGACUCCAGUGGCCUCUUGGCCAAUCCCGGCCUGCGUCCCAGCAUCCGGCACGAGGUGAGUGUGCUUUACCAGGCCAUGCAGCAGCUGCGACGCCGGCACCAGGAUGCCAGAGGAACGCUGCGCAGUCACAUCAUUCGCCGCUACAUGGCCAGUGUGAGCGGAGUGCUGCAGUUGUACCCAGGCUGCUUGCUGAGCAGCAGCUACGAUCCCACCCGGCGGCCUUGGUUCCGUCAGGCCAUGGCUCAGCCGGGCAAGAUUGUGAGCACAGCUCCGUACCUGGAUGCAGGUGGAGCUGGUUACAUUAUUACCAUCGCACAUACAAUCUUCGAGGGAAAGGCCCAUGCCCUGCACUCUGUCCAGCAGGAUAGACCCAUGGGAGUGGUGGCCUUGGACGUCCCAUAUGCCUUCUACUACCGACUGAUCCUGGAGGGAACACCGCUCUGCCAGUUGCCGCACAUGAAGUGUCUGAUGUUCGAGCACGAGGGUUAUCUGCUGGCUCAUCCCAGUAUGCUGCAACCGACCACGACGACGAGAAACCAGCGCCGUCCGCACGAGCACCUUACACACAAGGAAUCCUAUCUGGCCAACGAUGUGCUCAAUCAUGGGCAACUGGUGAGGAAGCUGGGCUGCGCCAGCUAUCAGAAUCGCACCCUGCAACGCUUCUACGCCUUCAACACUUCGCUGGCCACCAUUCUGGGCAACGUUGUGCACGGCGAGCGGACCAAGUAUGCGAUAGCCCUGAUUCGAGGCAGCAAUCUCUUCGCCGCUGUGCUCAACUCCAGUUGCGAUGGAGGCGCCUUCUGUCCCUGCAGUACCAUCGACCGGGAGUGUCUUAACUGCAAGCGCAUGGAUCAGACGGACUGCGAGUGCCCCUGCGAGUGUCCCAUGGUGGGUGACAGCAGCUCGCCCACCUCCCUCGCCUACUAUGCCAACUACACGCACCAGUUCCCCUACUGCCCGCCACCGAGUGAGCACUUUAUAGCGCUGCCACCGACCACGCAGCUGGUCAGUGCCUUGCCCAGUUGUCCCGGAUCGGCGGGAACCUGCGAGGCGUAUUCCACUCAAAGGGAAUGCCUUGGAGUGAUGGGCUGCGAGUGGUGCCAGCAGGAUGUGGAAGGCAAUAGCUUCUCCACUGCCUUCUGUGCAUCGCAGGCCAGCUGCUUCAAUGGCGUUCUGGCCUCACUGACGCCGUACGGUGAACUGGACGAGCUGGAGCUGCUGGCUGCCCACAAUCCGCAGCGCGAGCAGCACGCCUACUCGGCCUUUGGGCCGCUGGGUGGAGCCAUCAUAGUCCUUGCUAUGGUCAUCGGGUUCGCCAUCUAUUGUUACAGGCACAACCUGGAUGCCCAGACGCAGGAGCAGUUCUACGUGGAUUCGGUGCAGGAGGAGAACUACGGUCUGCCGCUCUCCAGGUUCAACUUUGACGAUUGCAAGGCGCACGAUGAGCCGCCUCUGGGCGGGGGCUAUGACCAUGCGGCAGCUCAGCGACAGCUGAUGAAUGCGGCGGAUAUAUCGCCCUAUCACGUGUCCAGCGGCAGCAGCUACCGACGACCUCCCAAUGGAGAGUCGGAUCAUGGAUAUAGCACCAUGACGCCGCACGAGGAUAGCUCCGAUCAGCAGUGCUUCACGCUGGCCGAGCCCCUGCUGCUGCACGACAAGCGGCACAGCAAGUCGGACACCAUGUCCAUAUCCACCUCCAUAUCGAGUCCAACGAACCGACAGCAGUCCUCCACGCAGCCCAACACCCAUCCGUAUUUGAGCAAUCAGCCGACCUCGAAGACGGAGCGCUACAAGCAGCAGCAGCAAGUGCAGGCCACGCCCUCGCCCUGCCGCGAUCGCGACCGCAGUGGUGUCUACGGUCAGACCACGUUGCCCCUGGAGGCGGACGAGUCCCGGCCGCACUACAUCCUAGCGCCCGUGACUGUGCACCGGCACAUGGAGACGGCCGAAUCGUAGUCGUUGUUAAGUUUUAGAGCGUAAGGUGUCCGCUUGUUUGCCAAUUUAGCUAAGUAAGUUUCCAAACCGGGCAGUUCAACUGCCGCCAGGAGAGUCCAUGCCCGCUCGAUGGAUCCCAGUUCCGGCCCCACUGUAUCUAUUAUCUAUUAACUAAUAACUAUUCUCUUAUAGAGCGUAUAUGAGUACGAGUCUAACACCAACUAUUAAGUGAUGACAUUGUUUCUGCCAUUUUUGAUCGAUGUAUUGUAUUGUAUUUUACUGUAAUUUAUUGCAAAAGUAUUACUACUAUUAUGUAUGUGCAGCCACUAAAUAUACUUCCAAUAAUUUUAGCAUUUAUUUUAUAAGCACCAAACCAA